CGAAGGUCCAAAUGCAACAACACACCUGUAUUCAAUUCCUUUCUCGUUCUCGUUCAUUCUGAGUCUCAAUUCUCUAGGCGAUCGAUCAAAUGGAGAAGCAGAUAGUAAAAGGUGAAGAACUUGAGAAGAAAGCCGAUAAGAAGAUUAGCAGCUGGGGUUUAUUCGGCUCUAGAUACGAAGACGCCGCUGAAUUCUACCAAAGAGCCGCCAAUUCCUUUAAACUCGCCAAAUCCUGGGAUAGAGCUGCAUUAGUUAACAUCAAAUUGGCCAAUUGUCAUUUGAAGUUGGAUAGUAAGCAGGAAGCUGCAAGUGCUUAUGUAGAUGCUGCAAACUGUUAUAAGAAAACCUCCAAUAAACAAGCCAUAGCAUGUCUGGAUCAAGCUGUAAAUUUGUUCUUGGAGAAUGGAAGACUCAAUAUGGCUGCAAGAUACUCCAAGAAUAUUGGUGAGCUCUAUGAGCAGGAACAAAACUUUGAGAUGGCUAUAGUAUAUUUUGAGAGGUCUGCUGACCUUUUCCAAAGUGAGGAAGUGACCACCUCCUCAAAUCAGUGCAAGCAGAAAGUUGCUCUGUUUUCUGCUCAGAUGGGAAAAUAUCCGAAGGCAAUUGAGAUUUAUGAAGAGAUAGCACGACACUCACUCAACAAUAAUCUACUGAAGUAUGGAGUCAGAGGGCAUCUUCUUAAUGCUGGACUUUGCCAACUCUGCAAAGGUGAUGUUGUUGCCAUACACAAUGCGCUGGAGAGAUACCAGGACUUGGAUCCAACCUUUUCGAGAACAAGAGAGUACAAACUGUUAGCUGAUUUGGCAGCUGCGGUUGACGAGGAAGAUGUGGCAACAUUCACUGCUGUUGUCAAGGAGUUUGAUAGCAUGACCCCUCUGGAUACUUGGAAGACCACGCUUCUGUUGAGAGUGAAGGAAACUCUGAAGGCCAAAGAACUGGAGGAGGAUGAUUUGACCUGAUAUUUUGAUGUCCUGAAGGUGGACAGACCAUCUUAAAGUGGCCACACGUAAAGGGAGCAUUACAAUGAAAAUGAAGCGUUCACAGCCAUCUUUAGGCAAAACCAAGGUUAAACUAAUGUUCCACCAUCUUGCAUAAUUUGAGUCUCUUUUUGUGCUUGUGUUUGUUUUGUUUGUUAGCUGGCUGUUUCUAUAGUCUGGGAUUAUGCAUAAAUGUUCCAUUGUUGAUCAUCAAAUACUAAAGAAUACUAUAAGACGUAUAAUUUGAGUUUUGGUCCCAUUUACAAUAGGAUUCAAUUUAAUAUUAAAGAAGAAAAAUAUUCUAACCAC